AGAUGGCGAUGAGCCUGGGUCCUUUGGUGUUGGUCUUCAUGCUGGGUCUGGUUGUGAUCCCUCCCACUCUGGCUCAGAAUGAAAGGUACCAAAAUUUCCUGACUGAGCACUAUGAUGCCAAUCCAGGCGGCCGGGAUAACAGAUACUGUGAAAGAACAAUGAGGCAAAGAGAACUAACCUCACCUUGCAAAAAUACCAACACCUUUAUCCACGACACCAAGAACAACAUCAAGGCCAUCUGUGGAGAGAAAGGAAGCGAUUAUAGAGGAAACUUAAGAAUAAGCAAUAAUCACUUCCAGGUCACCACAUGCCAGCACAAAGGAGGGUCUCCCCGGCCUCCAUGCAAGUACCGAGCCUCUAAAGGGUACAGAUAUAUUGUUAUUGCCUGUGAGAAUGGCUGGCCUGUCCACUUCGAGGAGUCUUACAUUGGUCCAUAG